AUGACCACCACUUCCGCAACUGAACCUUGGACGUACGUCAUCGACGAGAAGGGGAACGCAGAGGUCAACUGCUUCUUCGAACCCCAUACAUCCACAUGGCAGUAUUUAAUCUCGGAUCCUACAACCUCACAAGCCGUCCUUGUUGAUACCGUCCUAGACUACGAUCCUGCUUCCGGAACAGUUACCACCAAGUCGGCUGACAGGUUGCUUGCAUUUAUAGAGAAGAAGAACUUGAAUAUUUUGCACCAUCUCACUGCCGCUCAAUAUCUCAAAUCCAAGCUCCCAGGAGACGUGCCCGUUCAAUCAAAUUUUGCUCCAGUCUACGGGCUGGAACGGAACGCGUUUGAGAAGACCUUCGAUGUUCUCUUGAAGGAUGACGAGGAGUUCCCUGUCGGAAACCUCACCUGCCGCGUUAUCCAUCUCCCUGGUCACACUCCGGAUCACAUCGGAUACGUGGUUGGAAAGGCCGUUUUUACUGGGGAUUCCAUCUUUCUUCCUGAUGUAGGUUCUGCAAGAGUCGAUUUUCCUGGUGGUGAUGCGAAACAGCUAUAUGCCUCCAUGAAUCGCCUUCUGUCCCUACCCGAAGACUACAAGUUGUUUGUCGGCCAUGACUACCCGAGUGGGCGUAACUACGACUGCGUCACUACAGUGGGUGAACAACGGAAGCUCAAUAAGCACGGGAAGGUGGGCACGACUGAAGAGGCUUUCAUCGACUUCCGUAAAAAGAGGGACGACACUCUCGGCGCUCCCAGGCUUCUUCAUCCAUCGCUGCAAGUCAAUAUACGUGCUGGCAAACUUCCUCCGGCGGACGCAGAGGGGCGUGUGUGGAUGAAGAUUCCUGUGAGGUCCUCUAUUGGUAUCUAA